UGACCCACCCACAAAUACAGCCUAUAAAUGCCCCAAUAAGAGUUGUCAUUUGCACAGGUGGGCGACCGAAUUAUCAGCUCGACAGGUUCACCAGCUGGAUAGAGAGACAGGACUGGAAGAAAGAAGAUGGGCCUCCUUCCCUGGUUCUCCUUGGCCUUCUGUGGCUUCCUGGUCGCUGGUCCAUGCCCAAGAGGUGUGGCAGCGUCGUCUUGCCCUGGAGGAUGGAUGUUCUAUGGAGGCAGCUGCUAUGGACUUUUGCAAGACAAAAUGAGCUGGGCUGAAGCAGAGAUUGACUGCCAGAGCCAAGGCACCAACGGGCACCUCGCUUCCAUUUCUAGCAAAGCCGAAGGAGCUGUGUUGGCCAAACACAUCAAGGCCUCUCAGCAAGACUGCCAGAAUGUCUGGAUCGGACUGCAUGACCCCCAGAGGAACCGACGCUGGAGAUGGUCUGAUAGAUCGAUAGUCAACUACAGGCCUUGGGCUGCUGGUGAGCCUAGCAAUUCUGCAAAUAACGAAUACUGCGUAGAGCUUUCGUGUCACACAGGUUAUGUUGCUUGGAACGAUGAGAAUUGCAAAAGCGAGCGCUCGUACGUCUGCAAGUUUGUACUUUAGUGCCGGCAGUUGCUUCUCCAGCAUUCCAGAAACAACUCUGAGGAACCCAUCCUUUUGGACUAGAGAGCCUUCACAGCUGCCACCCUUCCUUCCAAGAAACCGGAUCUGCGCCCUACAUAAUUUUUAUGUAGGGUGUAUCAACUUGCUGCAUUUUAAAUAUGUUAUUAGUGAUUCAUUGAUAUUUGCUUUUAUGUUUAUUUGUAUUUGAAUUUUUAUGUUGUUCACUGCCCAGAGCCCUUCGGGGGUUGGGCGGU